AUGUCAAAAGCAUUGAAGAAAACAAAGAAAGAACAAGAAACUAAACCUGCUCUAUUUAAACAAGAUAAGUCUGAAUUUAACAAAAUUUAUAAUGAAGUUAAAAAGAUUGCUCGAGAACAUUCAAAAGGAAUUGCUAAAAUUCAAUUAGACAAUGAUUUUAGAAAACGACUUGGAUUAAAACCUAAAACGAUUAAACAACCAUACAAUAUUCUUCUUCGCACAAAAGCAAAAGAAAAAAAAGAACGAGAAUUAAAUGCAAAGAAAGUUAGAGAAGAAGAACUUGUUAUUGCACCUGGAUUUUUACCACAAAAACAAGAGAAAAAGAAAAAAGAAAGAGCAUUAAAAUUAACACAAGGAGAAUUUGAUGGUGGUAUUUUAAAAUUUGAUAUUAAUAAAGAUAAUGCAUUAAACUUUGAUGAAUGGGGAAAGUAUGGUAAAGAUAAAAAGAAAGGAAAUAAAACAUUUGGGAAUUCUUCAUUUAAUAAAAAAGGAAGUAAAAAACAUAAAAAGAGAUAG